AUGAACCAUUUAAUGAAAUCUAUCGAACAAUUAACCAACUCUACUUGUUCUAUUGAUAUCCAUGAACUAAAUAAAUGUGGUCUGGUGGGAAUUGUGCCUCAUGAAUAUCAAUUGCUGGGAAUAAAUUGGCUGGGAAAUUGUGAUUCACAAAAUCACGGUGGACUUUUAUGUGACGAAAUGGGUUUAGGUAAAACUUGUCAGCUUUGUGUUAUUGAUGAAGCAUUUUUUAGGCAAAUAGAUUGGAACUAUGUAAUCGUUGAUGAAGGACAUCGUCUUAAAAAUUCAAGCACUCAAUUGUAUUCAGUGUUAACUGAGACAUGUCUUGGGAUUCGUUUCAUACUCACGGGUACACCUGUUCAAAAUAAUCUUGAGGAGCUGUUUAACUUGUUGCAUUUUGUUGCACCCAACUAUUUCUGUCAACAGCUACGUCCCACAUUUGUAAAUUAUUUUGCCAACUCAGAUGAAUCCUCUAAAAAGCAUGAAACAGAAAAGGAUAUGGCGAAAAUUCUACGCCCAUUUCUUCUAAGACGUAUUAAACAGAACGUUUUGACAGAUUUACCACCACGUAUAGAUGUGAUGAUUUAUCACUCAUUGACUCGUUUACAAACACACAUCUAUAGAGCACUGCUAACUCGUAAUGCAGAUCUCUUCACUUUUACUGUUGAUUCACAGAAUAAUUCACGUACAUAUAAUCGUUUGGGUAAUUUGAUUAUACAACUAAAAAAGUGUGUUAACCAUCCAUAUCUUUUUGAUGGCGUUGAACCAGAACCUUUUAAUCUAGGAGAACAUUUAGUUGAGGCUAGUUCAAAACUUGUUCUUUUAGAUCUUUUACUAGCCUUUCUGUAUGAUCCGCAUAAUUCCAGUACAAAAAUGUUAAAUAAUUCAUCUAAUUUUCGCUUAAAACCCGUUCAUAAAGUUUUAAUAUUCUGUCAAAUGACACGUAUGCUGGAUAUUAUACAGGAUUAUCUUACUUUAAGAGGUUACAGUUAUGAACGUUUAGAUGGUUCAAUACGUGGUGAAGAUCGUUUUCAAGCUACGGAAAACUUUAACCGAGAUCAAGAGACAUUUAUAUUUCUACUCAGUACUCGUGCAGGAGGUCAAGGCUUAAAUCUUACAGCUGCGGAUACUGUUAUAUUUGUUGAUAAUGAUUUCAAUCCACAAAUGGAUGUACAAGCUGCAGGACGUGCUCAUCGAAUUGGACAAACCAAGCCAGUUAGGGUUAUCAGACUUGUCGGUAAAAAUACGGUUGAAGAGGUGAUACUCUCUCGGGCAGAAAACAAAUUGAAACUGGCAGCUCAAGUUUUGAGUGCAACUGAUGCUAAGUCUAAUAAAGAUAACAAACCGUUCACUUUCGAUGAGUUGAACAAUAUGCUUAAAUUUGGAUUGGCUAAAUUACUUAAAUCAGCUGAUGAUGACUGUGCUCAGGAUGAUAACGAUACCGAGGCUAAACAAGAUAACGGUAAACCCAACUUUACUCUAAUUCUUGGUGGAAGUGAUCUGAAGACCGGACAUUGGUUACCCCCUUCUCCCUGUGAUUUCAAUAAUUAUCAAGACGACCAGAAUACAAAAUCGUCAUAUGGCUGGUUAUUACUAACAAGUGAACCAUAUCAUUGUGAACCAAGUACAGCUGAUCAGGAAGCCAUUGCGAAAUUACAGCAAGAAUAUGAAUUGUCUAAAGCUAAGCUGAAGAUAAAAGGUCAGUUUACUGGAGAGACUGAAGAUGAUGAUAACAAAGUACGAAUUGAAGAAUAUAAUCUGAGAUCCCAAAUAUCUACUUCUGUUUUUCGUAAACUAAAAUCACACUGUCAAAAGUUGACUUCUGAAGAAAUUGAAGCUCGUAGUCAAAAGAUUGCUGAAGAUCUGGAACGCGUCCAAGCACGUUUAGCGGGAAAGCUUCCUUCCUGGCAAUCCGUCGAUUACAAUACAUUCAGUGUCUUUCGAGUUGAAUCCAUUCGUGCACAAUUAGAUCUUUAUCUAAUUCAUAACCGUAGGUCUAGCAAUGUUGAUAUCGCUGGAGCUAAUAGUGAAAAGGUAGACAAUGCAAUAAAUGAGCUAGAUGAAGAAAUUGACCGUGAAAAUCAGACUACUGCCAGGAUAUAUUAUAAAAUUGGUGAUGCUUCCAGCCCGCUUAGUUGUUUCUCAAUAAACAGAUCGGAAAAUAGUAUUGAUGGUAUACCACCGUAUUUUGUUUGUUUUACUGUUGAUGACAGUGGAAGUUGGGGUCGUGGAGGUAUAUUUCGUAGUUUGGAUGCACGAAGUAGUCAGAUUAAAAGUGUAUACGAACUAGCUGGUCAAAUGGAUGACAUAGAAUUAGGUGAUUGUUUACUUAUUCCAGUUGAGAAUCCUGAUAACUUAUUGUUAGCUGAGAAAAAAAUUCAAACAUUUGGUGAAUAUUUAGUCAAUUAUAGUGGCAAGAUUAAUUCAAAUAAUGUCGAAUGGUCAACUAAUUUUUGUGGUCUAUUGGUUGCUCAAAAACGAACAAAUUGUAAUCGUUCAAUUGGUAAACCACCAUCGUUACAAUUGAAUGCAUUAGAAAGAAGUUUAUAUGCACUUGGUAUGGCAUGUGCUCGUUUAAAACUGUGUUCAGUUCAUAUCCCUCGAUUGGGACAUGGUGAUCGUGCAUUGACUUGGUACAGUAUUGAAAGAUUGUUAAGGAAACAUUUGGUGGAUCAUUAUGGGAUCUCAGUAUAUGUGUAUCCUUUAUGUAAUCUGUUUUCUUCUUGAAAACUAAUUUGUUUUUUAAUCUAGUAUUCUAUAAAAGUUAAAGUAAUUGGUUUAAUCUUAUAGAUGUAUUAUCGCAAAGCAAGAAAUCGAAGAGUAUAAUAGUGUUAUCAGAAUAUAUAUGAUUUUUUGUGGACAUUUUCAUUCAUAUAAAACACAUAUAGUGUACACCAUGUAAGUUGGUUUACUUCUGUUGUUGUCAACUAGUUAAGAUGGUGUAUCUUUGAGGGUGCUUCUUUGAUAACCCCUUUUUGUUUCCACCUUUUUUAAAUGUUACUUCAACAUUUUAGAUAGCGGAUCUCUUGGUACCCAGUUUGUGUUCCCAUAAUAAUAGAACCCAGGUUACGUUGUCAUGAGCGAUAGGCACAAGAAAUACGAUCAUCUAAUGGUACAAAUAUAUUAAAAUUGACUUGAGAACUACAUGAGUUUCGUCAAAGUGGUUUAGUGUUCCAGAUUUGCUGUAAGACAAUGAGUGAAUAAAUAAGCUUUUUUUAUGAAGUUAAUUCUUAUAACGUCAUGUACCCUAAACAUUUGUUUCUUCUUCUGUAAAAGACUAGAACCAAUUUUUAGCUGACUACUCGUACCAGUUCCUUGGAAGUCAUCUAGUUGACUUGGAGUAUGCAGACGAUGUAGUUUUAUUAGAUGAAGACGCUGACAGAAUCCAGAGUCUUUCGAAAGGGUGAGCAGAAAUCCGAGUGUUUGGCAGGAAUUUCGCAUUUGUUGUGAAAUCCAAGACGAUGCUGAAGAACUGGCCUGCAACUGCUCCCAGUUUAAUGGUAGAGGUUUAAGUGGUUGAAUGCGUCUACCACGUCACUUACUUGGAGAGUUUCAGAAGGCUCAUUCGGCAUUUGCUAACUUACGUCAUCUGCGGCGAAGACUGGAAAGAUAUCUGACAACCUAUUAAGAGACGAGUAUAUUGCGUUGCAGUUUGUUCUGUCCUCUUAGCUGGCUGUGAGAUAUGACCGUUUCAAGUAGAGGAUAUGAUGCAGAUACAAUUUUUUAACCACAAGUGUCUUCGCGUCAUCGGUUUGGCAUAGCGGGAUCAUCAUUUGAACAGUGUUGGGGUCAGUCGAUGAAGUUGUGAACCUUAGUCGACUGGCUUGAUCAUAUGCCGCUCAUACUGAGCCACCACCUACCUAAACGUAGAAUGCUAGAGGAAGUUGGAUUAGAUUGGAAGAGUGUUUCGGGAUGGCGAGACCAGGACAUAGCACCAGUCGAUGAGGUCCCUUGCUUUUGGUGUGAGCCAUGUGGGAGGUUUGGACUACCUGGUUGGUGUCCGCUAGGUGAUAGGAAUCAGUGGUUUAGAAUUCUUGGUGACAUGGCUGGAAACAAGUCAUAGUGGCGCAGAUUUAUUCACUCUUUAACGUCUUUUAAAGCCAUAAAGCUACUGAAAUGCGAGAAAGCAUCAGGACCAAAUGGAAUUCCGCCAGAAGCACUGAGAACAGACGCAGAGACAACAGUAGACAUGCUCACACCACUAUUGCGGAAGAUCUGGAAGGAAGGGAAGGUACCUGGCGAUUAGAAGAAAGGUUACCUUGUCAAACUCCCGAAGAAGGGAGACCUCAGUGUUUGCAAGAACUGGCGCGGAAUCACGCUCUUGUCCACCCAAAGCAAGCAAAAUAUUAAGCCGCAUCAUCCUGCAGAGACUAAGGGAUGCGCUGGAUUCAAAACUACGACCGGAACAGUCUGGCUGAAUUCAGGAAGUACAAAUCAUGUGCUGACCAAAUUGCAACGCCACUCUACGCAUCAUCAUAGAACAGAGUGUAGAAUGGCAGUCAACCCUCUACCCCAACUUCAUCGACUUUAAGAAGGCCUUUGACAGCGUCGACCGAGAGGCAAUUUGGAAACUGCUUCAACACUACGGCUUUAGUGCCAUAAACCUUUAUCAACCUCAUUCAACAACUAUAUGUAGACGCCUCAUGCCAAGUAAUUCACAAUGGAAAGCUCAGCAACACCUUUGAAGUGAAGACAGGAGUGAAACAAGACUGUCUACUAUCACCAUGAUAUUCCUGAUUCUAGUGGACUGGAUCAUGCAACAAACAGUGAGGAGCGAGAAGAGGGGCAUGCGCUGGCUGGACCAAAGAAAAGACCCUAGAAGAUUUGGAUUUCACCGAUGACUUAUGUCUAGUGUCACACAAACUCGAAGAUCUACAGGCAAAAACUAACAAGUUGACAGAAGAGGCAGGACAGCAAAAACGGGACUUGAAGUGAAUGUAGAGAAGACAGAGGUGAUGAAGAUACCCAACCACCACCACCAACAACAACAAGCACCAAUCAAAACCAACGGGAGAAAUCUAAAGGAAGUAGUCUCUUUCACCUACCCAGGCAGCAUCGUUUCAACUACAGGCGGCACAGACGAGGACGUCCAAGUCAGGAUUGGAAAAGCAAGACAGGCGUUUGUUAGCCUGAAACCAGUGUGGAGAUCUUCUACACUCAGCAUGUGGAACAAGAUCCGGAUUUUCAACACCAACGUCAAGUCAAUGCUUCUUUAUGGUUCACAGACUUAGUGCAUUACGAAAGGGAUUUCCAACAAACUACAGACAUUCAUCAACAGCUGCCUACGCUCACUCGAUACCGAAGGUCAGAUGGCCAGAAACAAUAAGAAUAAGCAACAAGGAACUCUGGCCUGGCAACGAACCAACCAAGAACCCAUCUCCCAACAAAUAUGCAGAAUAAGGUGGAGAUGGAUCGGAUUGGGCAUACACUGAGAAGGCCGAUUGGGGACAUCACGCGCCGGGUCAGAUGCUCGAGUGGAAUCCAAAGGGGAAACGACGAGUUAUGCGUCCGAGUGUGACAUGGAGGAGACGGUGUGAGAAAGAAAUGAGAGCUUGUGGUCAGUCGUGGAGCCAUGUUAAGAAGACUGUAGAGAAGAGAGUGAAAUUGUGACGUGCUACUAAAGCCCAACGUUAAACUAGGAACCCACGCGACAAAUAAUAGUAAUAAUCGUCAUAAAGUAAUCAACUGAGUUUAUGAUGAGAGUUUGACAGUGACGUUCUACUAUUGAUCGGAAAGAAGUAUGGCCAUUACCUCCAGGCGAUCGGCACUUCAGCAGUGCUACCUUCUGCUGAUAAGUA